ACAAACAACCUCAAAGAUUCUGCAACUACUCCAAGAUAUUUGGGAUACUCGAACAGUGUCUAACAUGGAUCUUCAUCGCAUAAUUUCUUCUUCCUCUCUGCGCACAAGGGCAAUCAUCAUAGCUUCUAGUGAGAUUUCAUCAUGGGAAAAAAACAACAUUUUUUUAUUCAAACCCAAGGGGUUUGGUGUGGGCAAGUGCCUGAUUCUUCCCUCUUCCGGCAGCUCAUUCCGACAAGGGUGGCAAUCAAGUGGCUGGGGAACUGCAGCAAGAAAGGAGACGAGGUGCAUCGAGAAGCUAAGCCAAGAGCCUAAUCAAAUCUCCAAGAAACAGGGAACAGUUGCUGGUGCAGUUGCUUUGAUUGUUGGCACCAGUAUUGGUUCUGGCAUUCUUGCUCUCCCCAAGAAAACUUCCCCUGCGGGGUUAGUUCCUAGUUCAGUAGCUAUGACAAUGUGCUGGGCAUUUUUGUUAAUAGAAGCACUUGUACUGGUUGAAGUCAAUGUGGGGUUGUUGAAAAGGAAGAAAUCAAGAAGGGAAGGAGAUGAGUUGGAGAUCAUCUCCAUCAGAACUAUGGCUCAAGAGACAUUAGGAGAAUGGGGUGAAGUGCUGGCUACCUUAACUUAUGUGUUCUUGGGGUAUACUUCUAUGGUUGCUUACGCUGCCAAGUCGGGGGAGAUCCUUUGCAGUUUGAUCAAUCUUCCAGAAUCUGUUUGUGGCAUUGUCUUCACUGCCACCUUCGCAGCUCUGAUUUCUGUGGGUGGGACUAAAGCAACUGAUCAAGUCAACCAAUGGCUCACUGCAUCCAUGAUAGGCCUGCUCGUUGCAAUUGAGAUUCUAGCAGCUGUGUUUGGAGGGUGGUCGGGAGUGGAGGGAAGCGGGGGCAACUGGGAAAGACUUCCAGCCGCAAUCCCAGUGCUGAUAUUUUCUUUGGUCUACCAUGAUCUGGCCCCUGUUCUGUGUGCAUAUUUGGGCGGCGACCUGAGACGAAUAAGAGCAUCAGUUUUGAUUGGUAGCUUUAUUGCAUUCGUGCCAUUGCUUGUUUGGAAUGCAAUUGCACUUGGCCUCUCAGCUCAGGUUGAUCAAUCUGUUGACCCUCUUGAACUGCUUCUCAGCAUAAAAUGGGGUGGGGUUUCAUAUAUGGUAGAGGCCUUCUCACUUCUAGCUAUAGGAACAUCAAUCAUCGGUACUCUCCUGAGUUUCUCCGAGUUUUUCAAAGAGCAACUCAGUAACUUAUUGUUGCAUUCCGGACCAUUUGCAAAUGAGAAGCCAAAUUUAAAUUCUGGGCAAAGGAAAUUGUGGGGAAGAAAUACCAUAAGCUUCACCGCGACAGCAAUGGUGAUUGCCCCCUCUCUUCUCCUGUCAACAACAGUUCCAGAUGCGUUUUAUGCUGCUACAGAUAUAGCAGGAGGUUACUGCAUGACAAUGCUGUAUGGAGUUCUUCCCCCAGCAAUGGCUUGGGCUAUGCACAACAGAGGAGAUAAGGACAUUGAUAAAGGAGCAAUAUCAAGAGCAAAGCCUGCACUUCUCUGUGUAUGCUUGAUUGCUUCUUGUAUAGUAUUAGAGCAAAUUAUUGCAGAUCUCUCACUGCUGCACUUGUAAGAAACAAUUUUUCUACGAUAUAAUGAAAUAUGGUUGCAAAUGUA